GCUUACGAAGGUACGAGCCGCCAUUGUCUGUCGCGUUCAAGGCGCUUUCGCCGGUCAAAGUUUCCCGAUAUUCAUUUCAUCUUUGCGACAAAUGCGAUUGCAGGUCGCGAGCGCGCGCGAGAGUCCCGGGCGGAUCUCGAUCGCAAUCGCGCGGGUCAGAGAAGCAGUCGUGGCUUACGAAGCCGCCAUUGUCGACAAUGGCGGCUCGUGCGCUAUUGCCUGUUGCGUUCAAGGCGCUUUUGCCGCCAAAGUUUCUCGAUAUCCAUUUGAUCCUUGCGACAAAUAUAUUUGCAGGUUGCGAGACUCCCGGGCGAAUCUCUCGGUCGCAAUUGCACGGGUCAAAGAAGCAAUUGUGGAUUACAAAGGUUGCGAGCGCGCGCAAGUGUCCCGGGCGGAUCUCGAUCGCAAUUGUGCGGGUCAGAGAAGCAGUCGUGGAUUACAAAGGUGUGUGUGAGUUAUUUAUUAAG